AUGGAUGAGAGAAGUGAUGGGGAAAAAGUGGAUGAGGUCUUGCUUCCAGGGUUUAGGUUUCAUCCCACUGAUGAGGAGCUUGUAGGGUUUUACCUAAAGAGGAAGAUUCAGCAGCGCCCUCUCUCCAUAGAACUCAUCAAGCAACUUGACAUCUAUAAAUAUGAUCCCUGGGAUCUUCCAAAGUUGGCAACUGCAGGGGAGAAAGAGUGGUACUUCUACUGCCCAAGGGAUCGAAAAUAUCGAAACAGUGCGAGGCCUAACCGGGUAACUGGAGCAGGGUUUUGGAAGGCCACAGGAACUGACAGGCCUAUCUACUCUGAAGGCCGCAAGUGCAUUGGCUUGAAGAAGUCCCUUGUUUUCUACAAGGGCAGAGCUGCCAAAGGGAUCAAAACUGACUGGAUGAUGCAUGAGUUUCGGUUGCCUUCUCUCACCGACUCCGCCCCACCCAAGCGAUUCCUCGACAAAAACAUUCCCAUCAAUGAGUCAUGGGCAAUUUGCAGGAUCUUUAAGAAAGCCAACCCCACAAGUCAUAGGGCUAUCUCUCAUUCAUGGGUCUCUCCAAUAUUGCCUGAAGGCAUUCCUUCUGAUCAAAGACCAACGCAAAACACACACCACCAUCCUCAGUUCAGUUCAGAGAACAUGCCAGAUUUGACAACCAAAGGAGGAUCACCCAUCCAGAUUUGUGGAAGCAUUAACAAUUACUUGCCCCAACAGUCAUCUCCUUCUACUAAUUUCUCCCCCUUAUAUCUUCUUUCCCACAAAACCACGAAUCAUCACCAAGCUCCCAUUUCAAAUGGAGACCUCCCCAAUGGCUUCACAUUUUCACCAUUGGAAAUGAGCACAGCGCCUAAAUGCGCAGUCGAUGUUUCCUCCAUCCUGCUAAACAUGGCGCCAUCACCGAUGCACCUCGGAGAUUUCAGUAAAGCCUUGGAGAGUGUAGACAUAAUUAGAGGUGCACAAGAGGUGCACAAGGACUUAUUCUCCAUCGGUACCCCUACACAACAGGAGAUGCAACAGAGCUUGGGAGAUGCAGAACAGAAUGCUCAUGCAUUACUGAUAAAGAACUUGAUCACGAUGCACGGCAAUGAUCAGCACUGGGGAACCCUCCAAUCCAAUAUUGGGUUUCCAUGCUUCAGCUUGGCUUUGGACGUGCCUGCUGAUGCAUGGAAAUCCAAUAAUGUGGUCUGGGAUUCACCCCCUAACUUGUCCUAG